GCUCUUUAACUGUUUCAAGUGGACAUUCGUUUAAACCAUGACAGGCUGAGGUGGGUGGGAUCAGCGUCCACAGGUCAGAAGAAAGUGCUCUAACGGUGUGUGAAUCAUAAGACAAUCUCUGCGUCAAAAUGUUGCACAAAAUUAUCAAUCUAAGAGUCAGAGAUGUGAGAUUCCCGACGUCUUUGGAGCAACACGGCUCCGAUGCGAUGCACACCGACCCGGAUUAUUCAGCCGCAUAUGUGGUCGUGGACACGGACUGUGGGCUCAAAGGCUUCGGGCUCACGUUCACUCUGGGGAAAGGCACGGAGAUCGUGGUGUGUGCUGUGGAGGCCCUGGCUGCACUGGUUGUUGGGAAAUCCCUGCAGGAGAUUGUGAGCGACUUCCGUGGAUUUUACCGCCUCCUGACCAGUGAUGGUCAGAUGAGAUGGUUAGGCCCAGAGAAAGGAGUGAUCCACCUGGCCACAGCUGCGGUCCUGAACGCCGUGUGGGACCUGUGGGCGAGAGCGGAGGGCAAGCCACUCUGGAAGCUGCUUGUUGACAUGGAUCCAAAGCAGAUUGUGUCCUGCAUUGACUUCAGAUACAUCACUGAUGCGCUUACGGAGGAGGAGGCGCUAGACAUACUGGUGAGAGCGCAGGAGGGCAGGCAGCAGAGAGAGGAGCACAUGCUGAGAGAGGGUUAUCCUGCCUACACCACCUCCUGUGCAUGGCUCGGAUACCCAGACCAGCAGCUCAAACAGCUCUGCACAGAUGCUCUUAAAAGCGGUUGGACCAAGUUCAAGGUGAAAGUGGGUGCUGAUCUGGAGGACGACAUACGCAGGUGCCGCCUCAUCAGGCAAAUGAUUGGACCCAAUAACACUUUGAUGAUCGAUGCCAACCAGAGAUGGGACGUAGCCGAGGCCAUCAGGUGGGUGAAGAGCCUGGCUGAGUUUAAACCUCUGUGGAUCGAGGAGCCCACGUGUCCUGAUGACAUCCUGGGUCACGCUGCCAUCUCCAAGGCUUUGGCUCCACUCGGGAUUGGAGUGGCAACAGGAGAGCAGUGUCACAACAGGGUGAUGUUUAAGCAGUUCCUCCAGGCCUCGGCCCUGCAGUUUGUCCAGAUAGACAGCUGUCGGCUGGGCAGCGUCAACGAGAACCUGGCCGUGCUGCUGAUGGCCCACAAGUUUCAGGUGCCUGUGUGUCCUCAUGCCGGAGGAGUCGGUCUCUGUGAGCUCGUCCAGCAUCUGAUUCUGUUCGACUACAUCUGUGUGUCUGGGAGUCUCAGCAACAGAAUGUGUGAAUAUGUAGAUCACCUUCAUGAACACUUCACCAGUCCUGUGGUGAUUCAUGACGCCCACUAUAUGCCUCCAAAGGAUCCAGGCUACUCCUGUGAGAUGCUGGAAUCAUCAAUGCAGCGACAUCAGUACCCUGAAGGAGAGGUGUGGAAGCUGCACGGAAACAAAUGAGGACUUUAUCUGAAACAUUUUACCCAAGGCUCUUUUAGACUCGUGACUAGACGGGGUUAAGCGGACUAAACCACAGACGUGUAGCAGACACUGUAACAUUCUGACCUUUGUAAUAUUUAAUUGUGUUUUGCUGCUAGGCUCCUGUCAGGCCAGUAAUUCUGUACAAAUCAAUCUGAAACAACAGUCUUUAUUUACAAUUAGAAAUAAGCAAUAUUAAAAUCAAACAGAUCAAACUGGCAUUUACAACAAGCAACCUGAACAUUCCUCCUCUUGUGAUCAAACUAAGCGCAUCAGCAGUUC